AUGGCGCCCAGCGAGUCCACACCGGCGUUGGCAGCAAAGCUGAAAGACGUGCCGAAGCCUGAAAUGUAUCGCGGCUCCCAACAAGGGAAUGCAGCCCGUCACUGGCUGAGGGACUGCGAGCGAUACUUCGAGACGAGAGCUGAACUUGCUGGCGAGGAGGAGGAAGAAGGAUACAAGGUGAUCAUUGGCCGCACCCACCUAGCGGAGACCGCCCUGAUCGCCUGGCGAGGCUUGGAAGUGGCCGUAGAGAGCGGCCACAUGCAGCAAAUCACUACAUGGGAUGGUUUCAGAGCCUGGAUCCUCGAGAAUUUCGAGGCCAAGACGGCGGAAGCAGAUCGCUACCGCGCAUACAUCACCCGCUUGCAGAAGUCCGAUAACUUCUCGGAAUACUUCCGCAAGCUGCAGGAAGCCUCGCUGAACCUACAGCGACCUGCUGAUUCCUACAGCUUUAUCCUUCAAUUGGUGUCGGGGUUGAACCAUGAGCUUAGGGCUGAAUGGUAUAAACUCCAGGACCCGCCGACAGAGGUUACGGAAGUGCAUAACCGUCUGCUCGAGCUGGAAAGAGGUUGCAAGGAAGCAGCCAAUACGAGAGGCAACCGUUUCUUUAACAGGGGGCGUGGCCAGCAAGCAAGCCAGCCCCGAAACGACGAUGCCAUGGACCUAUCCGCGAUGGAUAGUAGCACCCGAUCCUUCACAUGCUAUAAUUGUAACAAACCCGGCCACCUGAAGCGUGACUGCCGGUUGUUGAAGAAGGAGGGAAAAGCGGAGGGUCAGUAA